AUGGACACCUCUGCGCUCGUCAACAAUGUUGGGGCCCCCUCCGACUCUGUUGCAGCCUCAACUCUAUCUUUAAACCAUACGUCUACUCAUUCUAUCUCCGAGUCAACAAAACAAAACCAUGCUCCUGUUUCUUCGGCGGCACCCGAUACAACGUCACCUAUCCCCUCUACCACCAACGGUGACUCUUUGAAAGUCACCGACUCCGACCUCGACUCCGAGCUUGACGACAGCUCACAGCAACAACCCUCUAAGAACAACUGCGACCGACAAAGAUCCGAUCAAGAAAUAAAUCCACGACUCGUCAAGAUGCCUUCCGACCUUGUUGGCAAGACUGUCAGUCCGUUCCUCAAGGAGCAUAUCCCCGGCCUCUACGCACCCUUUGGCAAAGCAUCGAUGCCUCUAUCUCCUCCGCCCACCAAUGAUACAACUGUCGUUCGAAAGAAGGACCCCAAUAGCAAGUUCUGUUACCGUCACCGACCCGAUUCAAAAUGCCGGCGUGCAGCUGAUGAGUCCAAGAUGGGCUUUAUCCAAAGUGAACUAAACAGUCUAUCUUCUGCCGAUCAGGAGGCCAUCACUCACGUUUGGUCUCUAUUCUCAGCUGCUCCGGCAAAACAUCGUGACUUGAUGCUACAGGGAAUUAUCACACAAUGCUGCUUUCCGCAGCUCUCUACAGUAUCACGCGAAGUCCAGGAGCAGCUCAAAAUUGAUUUCCUUGCUGCACUACCUACCGAACUCUCCUACAAGAUUCUAUCCUACCUCGACACAGUAUCUCUCUGCAAAGCCGCCCAAGUCAGCCGUCGAUGGCGAAGCCUUGCCGAUGACGAUGUGGUCUGGCAUCGAAUGUGCGAACAACAUAUUGACCGUAAAUGCACAAAAUGCGGCUGGGGUCUGCCCUUGCUCGAAAAGAAAAAACUUCAGGCGUGGAGCCGCCAUCAACAAAACCACCGACAACCGAAUGCCGCCGACGUGGUUGAGAUCGACGACGAGGCUGAGACACAACUUGGCGAAUCACGAAAACGCCAGGCCACCGACGACGAACACGAGGAUUGCGAUCGAUCUUUCAAGCGCUCCAGAGCGGAUCCCGGAAGCAAGUCGCGACAACAGCUUGAAGCAGAGCGCAAGUUCCGACCGUGGAAGGAUGUAUACCGCGAUCGCUUCAAGGUGGGGUACAACUGGAAGACAGGCCGUUGCUCUAUCAAGACCUUCAAGGGUCACGAAAAUGGCGUGACAUGCCUCCAGUUUGACGAUAAUAUCCUUGCGACUGGCUCUUACGAUACGACCAUCAAGAUCUGGAAUAUUGAGACUGGAGAAGUCAUGCGCACGCUACGAGGCCACACAUCAGCAGUUCGUACUCUUCAAUUCGACGAUUCCAAGUUGAUCAGUGGAAGUUUCGACAAGACCAUCAAGGUGUGGAAUUGGCAGACAGGAGAGUGCUUGAAUACACUUCAAUGCCAUAAUGAGGGUGUGCUGUCAAUCCACUACGAUGGCUGUACCGUGGCAUCAGGCUCCAUCGAUAAGACAAUCAAGGUGUCUAGCUUCAAGACCAAAGAAACAUUUUGUCUCCGAGGCCAUACUGACUGGGUCAACCAUGUACGCAUGGAUUCACCCUCUCGUGUUGUCUUUUCUGCAUCCGAUGAUCUCUCGGUCAAACUCUGGGAUAUCGAGACCAGGCAAUGCAUCAAGACAUUCCUUGGUCAUGUUGGCCAGGUCCAGCAAGUUCUUUUGAUGCCUGCGGAUUUUGAGCCCGAUGAGGUGCCCAGUUUGGACAACACUGAUACCGUCUCAGUAUGCAGUGGCCGAAGCAACACUCCUCCUGCAGAGCCCUCGGAACAAACUGUGGAUGCUCGAGCGUCAUAUGGCUCGGGGUUCACCUCCAAUCCCGACCGACCCCUUCCCCCACGCUAUAUGCUCACUGGCGGACUUGACAACACUGUUCGCCUGUGGGACACUGUCAAUGGAAAAUGCAUCCGCAGUAUGUUUGGCCACGUUGAAGGCAUUUGGGGGCUCGUUGGUGAUACUCUCCGUGUUGUCACUGGCGCUAAUGACUCCAUGACCAAGAUCUGGGAGCCUCGCUCUGGAAAAUGUGAGCGUAGCUUCACUGGCCACGCUGGUCCUGUCACUUGUGUCGGUCUCAGCGACAGCCGUAUGGCAAGUGGUAGCGAAGACGGCGAGGUCCGCAUAUACAGCUUUGAGGGCGAACGUGUUGAAGAACGCGGCACCCCUUCAUGA